AUGACGGACGCAUCCGACCCCGAUCGCGAUCCUUCCACCGCCGCGCAGAAGGGGAAGGAGUCCGACAACGCCGGCGAGAUUGUCGGUGUAUCUGUCGGCGCCCCUGCGGAAACAGUCGUGAGCAAGGUCGAACAGGGGGUCACAGAGGGCGACGCCGCCCAUCGUGACAAGGAGGACGAGGGCGACGACGACGACGAGGAGGAGGAGGAGGAGGAUAGCGGGGAGGACGACGAAGACGAAGACGAAGACGACGAGGAUGAAGACGACGAGGAUGAGGAGCCUAGGCUAAAAUAUGCUCGUCUCACACAGCACCUAGGGCCCAUCUACCGCAAUGGUGAUGCCACGAGCUCGUUCCUUGUAGCUGGUGAUAAGAUGAUUAUAGGAACACACAACGGCAAUAUCCACGUAAUUCAGCUACCAGUUUUCCAGUCCCUCCGAGUCUACCAUGCACACUCCGCUUCCGUCACCAGCAUCUCCAUCUCCCCCAACCCGCCCCCCCUGCCGACGGCGAGAUCCGAGGCCGUGCAAAGGCUCGCCGCCGAAGCCGCCGAAACUGUCGCAAAACAGCGCCCGGUAUCCCGUCAGUCGGGUACGUCGCCAGCUGCCGCCUCGAGAAGGCCUAAGGAACCUUCUCCAGUUCCAAACAUCCCUUCGAACAAUCUUCACAUCGCCACCUCGUCCAUGGACGGAAACGUGUGCAUCUUCUCUCUGGUAGAUACCAAAGAUAUCCAGUUACGCAACUUCGCCCGCCCCGUCCAAGCCGUAGCCUUAUCCCCCGACUACAAGAACGAUCGGACCUAUCUCUCGGGCGGUCUCGCCGGCCAGCUUAUUCUUACCUCUGGCGGACAACCUGGUCGAAGCACCUCGACGACUGUAGGCACCGCGGCCGCCACAGCCUCUGGCUGGCUAGGUAGCAUGGGCCUAGGGACGAACACGGGAAAGGACGUGGUUCUGCAUUCUGGCGAGGGUACAAUCAGUACCAUCAAGUGGUCCUUAUCUGGCAAAUAUGUCGUCUGGCUCAACGAGCACGGCGUCAAGAUCAUGCGGUCCAAGCUGCAUCUCGAGAGCAGCGACGCCGAUGAUGCUUGGAAGCGCAUUGGACACGUAGACCGCCCCCAAACAGACGAGUGGGAGACCAUGGCCAGUGUCUGGAAAGGUCGCGUCGAGUGGAUUGACGAGCAGGCUGUGGAAACGGAAGAUGACGAGGCUGGACGAACAGAUGUAGCCGCAUCAGCAGCGACCGAGAGCUUGAGACAAGCAUCUGCAUCCAGCACAAAAAAGAUUGAGAGACUCCUCGUCGGCUGGGGCGGCACCAUUUGGAUCAUUCACGUCCACCCUGGCAGUGUCGGCACCGGCAAGCGGGCUGGCGAAAAGUCGAUCGGUCGCGCCGAGAUAGCGAAGCACCUUCGUAUGGAUUGCAUCAUUUCUGGAAUUUCGUUAUAUACCCAAAAUCUUCUCCUUGUAUUAGCAUAUGUAUUACCGGAUGACGACGAGGACAGCGACGGCGGCGAUGAUGACAAGGUUGUCAAGGGCCACAAGUCCAAGAUAUCUUCCACUUCGGCUGGAAGCGAGCCAUCCGGCGGGAUCAAGCGGCGCCAGAACAACCUCCCUCCGGAGCUCCGGCUGAUCGACCUCACUUCGCAAGCCGAAAUCGACAAAGAUGGCCUCAGCGUGAGCAGAUAUGAGAGGCUUACGUCGGGCGACUACCAUCUUGGGGUGCUACCGGCACAAAAUGCAGCUUCCGCCGUGGCCUCAUCCAAGGGCGCGUUGGAUGCCAUUACCGGGUUUGGUUCCGACAUGUGGAAUGCUGCCAUUAACCCAAAAUCGCUAUUUAGUUCCGGCGCAAGCAUCAGGAGCGGACACAGCGGAGACGGCGUCUCGAGCACACAGGUUCCGAGCUCCGCAGGCGGCGGCCGAAAAUUGGGAACACCGACAGUGCACCCGAACCUCGUCAAGCCAGGGGUGAAGAUCUUCAUCCACAGCCCGUUCGACUUCAUACUUGCAACCAAACGGGACCUUGGCGACCACCUAGGCUGGUUACUGGAGCAUCAGGAGUAUCAGAAGGCCUGGGAGCUACUCGACGAACAUCCGGAGAUCAUGGUGUCACCCCCAGAGAACCUCCACGAGCUUGUCCCGGAAACUCCGGAUGGGAAGCAGAGCAGUCAGGAGGACCUCCUCGACGAUGCCUCGUCUGUGAUGGGAUCUUCUGGGAUGGCGAGACAGCCAAACUCGUCGGCACAAAGGAAGAAGAGACACAUCGGCGAGCUAUGGAUACGGGAGCUCAUCGAAGCCGGUAACUGGGCAGAGGCUGGCAAGGUCUGCGGCAAAGUACUCGGAUCCUCGGAUAGAUGGGAGAAAUGGGUCUGGACGUUUGCCGGUGCCGACAAGUUUGACCAGAUCACCGACUACAUCCCAUCUGAGCCAAUGUACCCGCCCAUUCCUGGUACCAUUUACGAAGUCGUCUUGAACCACUACAUACAAGUGGACAAGCUCCGUUUUCGAGAGUUGCUUGAUCGCUGGUCGACAGACCUUUUUGACAUCAAGACCGUCACCACUGCUCUGGACAACCAACUCAAGUACCGCGACGUCCGCGAAGACAGCAUUGAAGGGGGGCAAAAGGGUCGGGACUGGAAGAUCGUGAUGGAGUCGUUGGCACGGUUACACGAGGCAAAUGGCCGCUUCCGCGAGUCGCUCAAAUGCUACAUCAAGCUCCAAGAUGCGGACUCGGCCUUCCGUUUGAUCCGCGACAACCAUCUCGCCGAGGCGGUGACGGACGAUAUUCCCGGGUUCAUUGGACUGCGGGUGCCAAACGACAAGCGCGAGUUCUUGUCGGAGGCCGAUUUGGAGGAGGCCACGUCAGAGGCCAUUACGCUGCUUGCUGACGAAGCGCAGCAUGGUCUCGUCAAACCCUCGGUCGUUGUGUCGCAGCUUCAGGCACAAAAUCUACGUCUGUACCUGUUCUUCUACCUCCGUGCCCUGUACAAGGGUGAGGGGAUCGAGGAGCAUUCCGGCGAGACGCGAGACAGACUGUUGAUGGACAGCCAGUCACAAGUGGACGAAUUCGCAGACCUUGCUGUUGAGCUUUUUGCACAGUGGGAGCAACCGCUCCUGAUGAGCUUUUUGAAAUCGUCAACUUCGUACAAAUUCGAAAAGGCCGUGCAAGAGUGCGAGAAGUACAAGUACUAUGACGAACUGGUCCAUCUGUACUCCAAGAUAGGAGAGAUGAAGCGCGCGCUCUAUCUAAUUAUCGAUCGACUCCGAGACGUGAAGAAGGCCAUCGAGUUCGCGAAGCAACAGGACGACCCUGACCUUUGGGAUGACCUGUUGGACUAUAGCAUGGACAAGCCGAGCUUCAUCCAGGGCCUUCUCGAGGAGGUCGGAACGGCCAUCAACCCUAUCAAACUCGUCCGUCGCAUCCCCGAGGGACUGGAGAUCCAAGGGCUGAGGGAGGGGCUGAAGCACAUCAUGAAGGAGCACGAGAUCCAGUACAGCAUCAGCUUGGGCGUGGCGCGGGUGCUCCGCAGCGAAGUGGCCGCGGCGCAGAACGAUCUCCGCAGCGGACAACGGAAGGGCAUUAAGUUCGCGGUUGUCGUCCAGUCGGCAGACCACGUGGAUGUGCAGGUCAAGGACGUUGUGCACCCGCCAGUCAGCGCGGAACAGAUUGAGGAGAGCUUCUUCAAGGCGCCCAAAGCGGAGCAGCCGGGCCACAUCCACGAGCCGCCGAAGCCAGGCCAUUGCGCGCAGUGUCGCGAGUCCUUCACCGAGUAUGAGAUGGAGACCUUGGUGGGGUUCGCCUGCGGACACGUCUUCCACCUGUCGCAUCUGCUGGAGAUGCUGUUCCCCGGCAAGAGGCAAGAGGACGAUUACGGGAUCAACAGCGAGGAGGCCAUCAACAGCGGGUGCCGGGUGGGGUCCAAGGUCACACACGCCCGCUUGCUGAAGGAUCGAAUCCGGGAGGGGUGUCCCGUGUGCAAACACGUGGUCGAGGUGGCAGCGUAA